UACCUAGUUUAUUUUACGCGUGUUUGUUCUGGUUCCCUAACUAAAGGUUAUAAACGAACGUCUAAUAUUGACUCUACGUAGUCUGUCUGUCCGACUUUGAAAUGGCCCUUUCCUUUUACACUUUGUAAUAAAAUGUGUUUCAUAUAUUUACCUAUUGUUACGUACUAAUAACUUCUAGAUCAGAAACUAAAGUUACCAACGCUAAUGUAUUAUCAUUAUAUUAUAUUAUAUUAGCCAAUUUGGUUCUGGUUGCAAUACCCUGAUAAUUUCAUUAUACUUAUCAGAUGCGUUAGUACUAUAGAAAACAACUGAUGUUAGCGAAUAAGUUUAAUUAAGAAUUACAUGGUAGGAAAUAAGAAGUGAUGCUAUGACUUCACACACGUUUUACCAUCGCUGUUUUGGAUCUGUGAAUCAUUUUUUUUUCUUGAUUAUUAGGUUACCAUAUUACUAACAUAUUAAGAAUAUCUAAGUAUUUUAGGUGAAUCGCAAGCACGAACAGUUGCAAGGGGAAAUGGAACGCAUGUCGGCAGUGAUACCAGCCGCCACCGCUGCUGCUGGACGAGCCAGAGACGCACUGCAACCACCACGCCGCAAUAACCACCAAGCACUUGAUGUUCAUGACUAUGAUCGACAGGUUACGGACUAUGCGCUGGAGUCUGCAGGUGGGAGAGUCGUCGACACCGGCGACACUAUCGAACAUGUGAUUCACGAAUCGCCGGUCGGCUGGGCGCUCCACACUCUGACUGCCUUAGUAUGUCGAGGGUGCCUAGGGGCCAGCGUCAUAAUCCGUCCCGGCACAUUGCCUGGAGAGUGCUGGGCUUUUAGAGGUUCUAAAGGGGAAGCCACCAUUCGAUUGUUGGGAACUGUGCAAGUGACUGGCGUUAGUGUAGAGCACAUAUCAGCGCACAUAUCUCCGACCAGGGAAAUAUCAUCAGCGCCUCGACUGUUUCAAAUAGAAGGCUUGGAGUCUCGAGUUGAUCCAUACCCACAUGACUUUGGAACUUUUGAAUACGACAAGGAGGGUAAACCCAUACAAUAUUUUGACGUCUUGCAUCCUUCUACCAAAGGAUAUUAUCUGAUACGAGUGAAAGUGUUAUCGAACUGGGGCCACUCUGUCUACACAUGUUUGUAUAGGUUCAGAGUUCACGGUGAGCUGGUGCCCGGCCAAGCUUCUCAUAAUACUGUCAUGGAUGAGGGUGAUUUGUUUAUAGAAAAAGAAUAAAAAGGUCAAUAUUUACAUUCAGUGUUAUAUUUUAAGAGAUAUA